AUGCGACCCUCGGUUGGCCUCGCGGUCCAAGCUGUCUUGGCGCAGCCGCAUGUUGGUAUUAAGAACUUAUUUGUAUUCGGCGACUCCUAUACAAGCACCGGCUUCAAUACAUCUGGACCACAGCCAUCGUUGUCUGAUCCUCUAGGCAAUCCAGUACUUGGCCAGGGCACAUCGACCAAUGGGCUCAAUUGGGUGGGCUAUACAGCGGCUGUUUACAACACCAGUCUGCUUUUAGCCUAUGAUUUGGCUGUAUAUGGCGCUACGAUUGACAACAAUAUUGUGUCCGCUGUGCCACAUGACCUUGUUUACCAAGUCGAAACUGAAUUUGGCGAGCGAUACUGCAAGGAUGACGAGAAUCCACAAGAAUGGAACUCAGAAGAUACUCUUUUCGCCAUUUGGAUCGGAAUCAAUGACAUAGCAUUUUCCUACGAGCGAGAUGAUACCGAUGAAGUUUUGACUUAUCUUUUUCAGCGACAUUUGCAACUGGCUGAGACUAUGUACAACUGUGGAGCCCGUCGUUUCUUACUGAUUAACGUGCCACCCGUGAGUCGCACACCAACGUACCUGAAAAAGGACGAGUGGCACCGGAACGCCCACCAGGUCAUGGUAGAGAAAUUCAAUAACAGACUGGCCCUUGAGAAAAGGAAGUUUCAGAAAAGAUUUCCGCAUGUGAGUUAUGGCCUUACUGAAUUCAAUUCCCGGAUCACUAGGGAGACAGCAGAAGACUGA